CCGAACCAACAACUGACGGGAUUAAUGUUCACGAAGGAAUACGAAAUGGACGCAAGCCUGAUACUGGUGUGGUUCAUCGCUACUUUCAGCGUGGCAGCUGGCGCUUUUUGGGCAGGAACCGUUAGCGACCAGAUCUACCGCUACCACGUGUACAGAGCGAGAAAGCUGGCGGCCAUGCCUUCUCGACGAGCCGUAGUCGAAGCGCGCAAGCCAAGCCAGCCCGCUGCUGAAGCUGGUGCUGUCGGUGCCGGAGCUGGUGGUGGUGCCGCUGGUGCUGGUGCUGCUGCUAGGGAGGGCGGCGCUGCUGGUGCAGGUGCCGUCGCUGCUGGCGGCGAUGUCUCCAAACGAGACGUCGUCGACACGAAGCGUCUGACUGAUACCAGCGUCGACGACAUCGACAUCGAGCUUACGCCCGUCGGCAUUCUCGUUUUCGUGAUUUUCAUGUCCUCCUCGCUCGUCGUAAUCUACCUGCUCAUCCAGUACCUUGUGUAUGUCAUUAUCGGAAUGUUCGUGCUGGCAUCGUCAGUCGCCCUCAUUGGCGUGCUCGAACCCCUGGUCCACAGGCUGCCUGUCGGCACCACGAAGGUGCCCAGCUCCGUGCUCCCUUGCUUCUACGUCCAGCUGGAGGUGCGGCAGGUGUGCGUGAUAGUGCUAUCCGUCGGCGUGGCCUUUUCGUUCGUCGUCAUCCGGCACAACCCGAAGUCCUGGUUGCUGCAGGACGCGCUGGGCAUCAUAUUCUGCGUCUACAUGAUCAAGACCCUGCGCAUGCCCAACCUUAUGGUUAUCUCCGUCUUGUUGAUCUUGCUCUUCUUUUACGACAUAUUCUUCGUCUUUCUCACACCAUUCAUUCUGCCAAAAUCAAACCCUCACAACGAUACCAACAGCUUCGCGAAGUCAUCGGGGAGAGGCGACAGUAUCAUGGUGGAAGUAGCCCGAGGCGGUGGCAGCGAUGAGCUCAUACCGAUGGUGAUGCGAGUUCCUCGGCUCGGCGACCACGACCUUGCCGCUUGCUUCGGGGAGUGGUCGCUGCUCGGACUCGGCGAUAUCCUUAUUCCCGGGUUCUUGGUUGCAUAUGUGCACAGUUUCGACCUGAUCGCGUCUCAGCGCCGCCUCUAUUACACUACCACAGUGAUCGCAUAUGGCGUGGGCCUGGUGGUGACGUUCGUCGCUCUGUUCCUCAUGAAAACCGCGCAGCCCGCGCUGCUGUACCUCGUGCCUGCAACCCUGAUACCCGUCGUGGUCAUUGCCCGACAUCGGGGAGAGUUGCACGACAUCUGGUACGGAUUCAAGCCUGCGACGCCUCCGCCGUCGGAGGAAGACGCCGAGCCACCUGCGGUCGACCAAGGGAAGGAACAGCCGAAGGAUUCGCGGCGCAAGUCCCUCGAUAGCUCGGAGGGGCCGCUUCGACUGAAGAAGCCGGCUCCCCUGUCGAUUCUCCACGUGAUAAGUUUUACGAGCCAGAGCAGCUGUGAAAAGCCAUAUGGAAUCGACCUCAAGAAUAAAGUGGUUCUCAUUCAAGACACCGGCAACUGCACUCUGCAAAAAGCCAUGCAAAUAUACAAGGACGCCGGAGCUUACGGCCUCAUAAUUGGGCUUGCCUCCAACAAGAUCGAUGAUAUAAGUGUCGAGAAGACGGCUUCAUCUGUGACGGACCUGGUACUCAUAUUUGCAACAAACAAAACGGCUGCAUUUCUUGGGAAAAUAAUGAUACCGAAGCAACCAUUGCCGGCAAAAUUCUUCACGAAGAACAUGGAAGUGGACCCUGGCCUGGCCGUGAUUGGUUCCUCGCAGUCUUAUCUGUGGGGAUUGGUUCGUACUGGUCGGGAAACAGGCAUCAGAUACGUGUGCGAGGUGCACAGUCGUCAAAUGCGCCGUCGGCGGCUCUCAGGCAGCAGCGGCAGCGCGGCCAGCCAGGCUCCCAGCCGGCCGCAAGGCAUGAACGUCAUCGAGGAAGAGAGCUCGCUCGACGUCUCCCCUGUCUGGGUGCUGUCGUUCGUCGUCUUCAUGACCACCAUGCUCGUCGUCCUCUACCUCUUCAUCAGAUACCUUGUUUACUUCAUUCACGGCAUGUUCGCGCUGUCCGCGUCCGUCGCCGUUCUCGGUGUUCUGGAGCCGUUGGCUUACAAGAUGCCCUGUGGCACUGGCAGGCUUCCGGAUGGCGCCAUACCCUGCUUCCACGGUUCGCUCGAGGUGCGGCAGGCGCUCGUGCUUUUCGCUGCAGUGAUUGUGCCCGCUAUCUGGGUCUACAUCAGGCACCAUCCGCUCUCCUGGAUUAUGCAGGACUUGCUGGGCGUCUGCUUCAGCGUGUACAUCCUGCGCGUGCUUCGGAUGCCUAACCUUAAGAUAUGCACUCUGCUUCUGUCGAUUCUGUUCUUCUACGAUAUAUUCUUUGUAUUUCUUACACCGCAUUUGAUUCCGGCGAAAAUGACUCACAACGCAUCGACGAGCUUCGUAAAUGCCUCGGGGAAAGGCGACAGUAUUAUGGUUGAAGUGGCCCGCGGCGGUGGCUCCAAGGAGCAGAUACCGAUGGUGAUGCGAUGCCGCGGUUUGGGAACCAACAUCUCCGCGUGUCUGAACACUUACUCGCUUCUCGGUUUCGGCGACAUCCUCGUACCACAGUGCAUUGACGAAGAAUAA